AUGAAUUCGACUGGAAUCCUUUUAAUUUAUCAACAGCUAUCAAAUUACAUAUCGUAUGACAAGAUGUCUGUUCAAGGGAUUCGAAGUUUUGGUAAUCGUGAUCAAGAUACACAAGUGAUAACAUUUUUUAGUCCAUUGACAUUAAUUGUUGGUCCAAAUGGUAGCGGAAAAACAACAAUCAUCGAAUGUUUAAAAUAUAUGGCAACAGGUGUAAUGCCACCAGGAGCAAAAACAGGUGGAGCAUUUGUUCAUGAUCCAAAAGUUGCCCAUGAUUCAGAAGUCCGUGGUCAAAUACGUCUUCUAUUUCAAGAUACUACUGGACAUCCUGUACAAGUACAACGAACACUUGUUGCCACUCAAAAAAAAUCAUCGGUUGCUUUGCGUACAUUAGAAGGUAUAAUAAUUCGUGAGGGCCCAAAUGGUGAACCUGUUCAAAUAACAUCAAAAUGUGCCGAAUUAGAUCGUGAAAUGGUGUCAGCAUUUGGUGUAUCAACAGCUAUCUUAGAAAAUGUUAUUUUUUGUCAUCAAGAAGAAUCAAAUUGGCCUUUAAGUGAAGGUAAAGCAUUAAAAUCCAAAUUUGAUGAUAUAUUUGCUGCCACAAAAUACAUGAAAGCAUUAGAACAUUUAAGAAAAAUUCGUACGGAACAGAUGACUAAUCUGAAAGUGAGUAAAGCUGAAAUUGGUCAUUUGAAAGCAUACCGUGAUAUGGCAAUACAAAAAAAACGGCAGUAUAGUGAAGUAGAUGAACGACGAAAAACAUCGAAAACAACUGUUGAUACGAUUAAACAGAAAUUAGAGCCUAUUGAAAAUCGUCUCGAUUUUAUUGGUAAAGAAAGCUCCAAAAUGAACGAUUUUCAACGACGAAUGGAUCGUUUAACCAAUGAUCGUGAUACACUUCAAAAACAAAUUCGUGAAUUAAAAGCCAUGAUUGAAGAACCAUUUACUGGUACACAUAAUGAAUUAAAAUCGUUAAUAUCAAAUUUUGAAAAAGAACAAGAGAAAAAAAAAAGAGAAUUAAAAGACAAUGAAACUCAGAGAGAUACAUUGGAACGUCAAAUGAAAGUAUUAAAUGACAAACGUACACAAAUGACAAAUCGUCUUGGUGGUUUAGAAUUUGAAGAAAAACAAUGUAAAGAAAAGCAAAAACAGCGUCAACAAUUUUUAGAAGAUAUUUCUCAACAAAAUAGUAUAUCUGAUUCAUCAGUAAAAUCUAUUCAAACAUUUCUUGAUAAAAGUAUAAAAGAGGAACAACAAAAUCUAACGGAAAAACGUUUAUUAUAUACACAACAAGAAAAAGUUUUACAACAAGAUUUAGAUAAAUUAAAUGAAAAACGUAUUAAAUUACAAUCACAAAUUCGAUUGAAACAUGAACAAAUUGAGAAAAAUAUAAAAGAAUUAUCAGAAAUUAAAACACAAAUGAAAACUAUUGAACAAUUUACUCGACAAUUAAAUGAUUUAGAUACAAAAAUUAUUCAAAAAGAAAAUGAAUUUCAAACAAAAUCAAAACAAAUCAAUAUUGAUGAAUUAAAACAAAAUAUUGGUGUUUGUGAACAAAAACGAACACAAAUACAAUUUCAAUUAAAAGAUUUAAAUAUAGAAAUGGAUAAACUAUUAACAAAUACAAAAUUAAAUACCGAAUAUGAAAUGUUUAAAAAAGAAAAACAUGAUAGAGAAGAACAAAUUAGAAAAAUUAAAAUUCGUAAUCAAGAAUCAUUAAUAUCAAUAUUAGGUACUAUACCCACAUCGGAUACUCAAAUUCGUCCAUCAUACGAUUCAGAAUAUAAAAAAUUACAACAAACACGUGGAACAUUUGAAAAAAAAUUAAAUGAUUCAAAACAAUUGAUAUCAGCAAAAGAAGAAAAACGAAAAUAUUUACAACAAGAUUUAAAAACAAAAGAAGCUGAUGUACAAAAAUCCAAUGAUCAAUUAUAUACUGCAUUGAAUGGUCAAGCAAGUUUAGAAAAUUAUUUGGGAAAAAUACAACAUGAUUUAAAUGGAAAACAAGAUGAAAAAGGACAAUUUGUUGGACUUGAAAAGACUUAUACACGUUUUAUUAACAAAGUAAAAAAUUCCAUGCAAUCUGAACCAUGUUGUCCACUGUGUUUACGUACAUUUGAACAACUUAGUGAUGGUGAACAAUUAAUUGCUGAAAUGGAAGCAGAAAUAAGACGUUGUCCAGAUAAACGAAAACAAUUAGACAAAGAAAUUGAAAUAUUAACAAAACAACAAGCACAAUGUUUAAGUUUACAACCUGUUCAAGAACUUGUCGAACGUUUAGAACAAACAGAUAUACCAAAUAUAAAAAAAGAUAUGAAAAAAUUAGAUCAAGAAAUUAUACAAUUAAAAUCACAAACACAAGAAAUUGAACAAAGUUUAUCAAAAGAAUUACAAUCGAUUGAAAUAUGUGAUCAAAUAAAAACAGAUAUCACAAAUUUGGAUAGAUUUUGUGGUGAAAUCAAAGAAUUUGAUAUGAAAAUUAAAAAAUGUCAAGAAAAAAUGGGAAUAAAUGACAAAGGUCAAAAAGACAGACGAACAAUUGAUCAAGUUAAAACUGAAACAAAUCAAUUACAAUCGGAAAGUGAACACAUUGAUAAAGAGUUACAAACAAAACAUUCACAAUUACGUAAACAACAAGAUUUAGUUCAAGAAUUGCGUGAAUCAUUGACAGAAUUAAAAAAUGAAAAAUUAAAAUUAUCAAAUCAAGUAGGAAAAAAAGAUCGUCUUGAUGAACAACAAAAAAAAUUACAAGAACAAAAUCAAACAUUAAAAGAAGAAAUUAAAGAUGAUGAACAAGCUUUGCAACCAUUAAUUAUGACAGCUAUGCAAGAAAAACAGACUGAAUUAAGAACAUUAACGGAUGCUAUUAGCAAUUUUGAAGAUAAUCGUUCUCAUGAUUUAACGGAAUUACGUUCGUCAAUUGAAAAACUAAAUCAGACACAAAAACAACAUCAGAAAGAUUUGUCUGAUCGUCGUUCAACAAUCACUCAACAUAAAGAUGAUUUAGCUCGUAGUGAAAUACGAUAUCGUCAAAUGUCCGAUCAAUCUCAGUUAUUUACUAAACAACAAGAGUUAGAAAAAAAAGAAAUUGAUUUUGCUGAAUUAGAAGAAAAAACACAUGGUCUCAAAUUGGAUACAUUGACACGUGAAGAGAAAAAAUUACGACAAGAACAAGAACAAUUAAUUAAAGAAAAAUUAACAGCUAUUGGUCGUUUGCAAACAUUUGAACAACAAAUUAAAGAAUUACAAGAUGAAUUAGAUCAAGAACAAUUUAAAAAUGCCAAUGAAAAAUAUCUAAAACAUUUUAUGGAACAAAAAGUUUUAGAAUAUACUUCACAAGAUUUGGAAAAAUUUUAUAAAGUAUUGGAUCAAACCAUGAUGACUUAUCAUUCACAAAAAAUGGCACAAUUGAAUAAAAUUAUACGAGAAUUAUGGCGAACAACAUAUCGAGGAACAGAUAUCGAUGCCAUUGAAAUUCGAAGUGACGCUGAUAUGGAUAACGCGAUAAAAACUCGUCGUACGUACAAUUAUCGUGUUGUGAUGUUAAAAUCAAAUUCUGUUAUGGAUAUGAGAGGACGUUGUAGUGCUGGUCAAAAAGUGUUAGCUUCAUUAAUAAUUCGUUUGGCAUUAGCUGAAGCAUUCUGUUUAAAUUGUGGUAUACUAGCUUUGGAUGAACCAACAACAAAUUUAGAUUUUGAAAAUAUAAAUGGUUUGGCACAAGCGUUAAUUGAAAUCGUUAAAAGUCGUGCAAGUAUGAAACAUUUUCAAUUGGUCGUUAUCACACACGAUGAAGAUUUUGUUGAUAGUUUGGGACGAUCGGCUUAUGCUGAAAAAUUAUAUCGUGUCUCAAAAACACCAACUGGUUAUUCAAAAAUCGAUUUAUGUAACAUGUCAACAUUUGGUCAUUAA